GUUUGUACAUCAGGGCAAUUGUGGUCGAUAAAACCGGAGUCCCUGUGAAACUCACUGAGCAACAUGACAACAUGUGGAGCUUUCAGCAUUUGCUGAUGGAAGCUCGUUUAUGCAGAUUUGUAAGUACACUAUUUUACUUCUGGUUCCCGAUAAUCACUUCACUGAAUUUGGAUAGUUCUUUCGAACGUGGCAAAGUCCUCUCUUCCUUACAUUUCAAAUGCAAAUUCUUCGGUUCGCUAAGCGAGGAGGCAAUUAUGGGAGUGUACUUUCGAAAAGAUCAGCUUGAUCAACUUAGACCGGGUCACACUAACGAAAUGCUCUCCCAAGAAAUUGCAAUCACCACCAGGCCAAUAUCGCAUAUGUAUGGACUGAAGGAGAUUACUGUAAGCAUCCUCUCUUCCUUACAUUUCAAAUGCAAAUUCUUCGGUUCGCUAAGCGAGGAGGCAAUUAUGGGAGUGUACUUUCGAAAAGAUCAGCUUGAUCAACUUAGACCAGGUCACACUAACGAAAUGCUCUCCCAAGAAAUUGCAAUCACCACCAGGCCAAUAUCGCAUAUGUAUGGACUGAAGGAGAUUACUGUAAGCA